UCUACUUCCGGUCCUGCGCACAGCGGCUUGGCUUCUCCGUUGAGCGUCAAUGCCAUGACAACAGGACGAUGGCUGCAAGCAAGAGGCUGAAAGUGUGAUUUCUGAGUGGACAACGUGCAACGAAGCGUCGGCUGUUCCAGGUUUGCUCGUGUACGUGAAGGACAGGCAGCAUGUCACUGUUCAAAGCCCGUGACUGGUGGUCGUCAGCGCUUGGUGAAGGGGAGGAGUUUGAUCAGGGAUGCCUUUGUGUUGGAGACGUGGACAACAGUGGCACAGGACACGACAAGCUAAUUGUGGGUAGCUACAUGGGGAUGCUGCGGAUCUUCUCCCCUCAUGCCAAUAGAUCCAGUGAGGGCGGUCCAGCUGAUUCUCAGCUUCUGGAGGUGCAGCUUCAGAAUGCCAUCAUUCAGGUGGAAGUGGGCAAGUUUGUCUCGUGUUCAGAGCUUCUCCAUCUGGCCGUUCUUCAUCCCAGAAAGCUGUCGGUCUACUCCGUUUCAGGAACUGCUGGAAACGUGGAGCAUGGAGACCAGUACCAGCUGAAGCCGGUUUAUGAGCAUAACCUUCAGAGAACUGCCUGCAACAUGACAUACGGCACCUUUGGAGGAGUCACGGGACACCACUCCCUGUGCAUCCAGUCCAUGGAUGGGAUGCUGAUGUUCUUCGAGCAGGACAGCUACUCCUUUGGCAGGUUCCUGCCUGGGUUCCUGCUGCCUGGCCCGCUGGUCUACAACUCCAGAACGGACAGCUUCCUCACUGUGUCGUCUGCACGGCAACUGGAGAGCUACAAGUACGAGACUCUAGCUGUGGCGACAGAGGCAGAGAGUCGACAGGAUCCAGAGCUGCCUGUUAAGAGUGGAGGCAAGAGACUGGCUCCUGGCUGGGUGAUUGUUCUAGGAGAACAGGCCCUCGACAUCUCAGCCUCCUUUGCUCAUUCUUCCGCCUCCAUUUUUGUCCUGGGCGAGAGGAACCUGUACUGUCUCCGUGACAACGGCCAGAUCCGCUUCAUGAAGAAGCUGGAGUUUAACCCCAGCUGCUUCCUGCCCUACAGCUCAGUGGCCGACGGCACCACCAACGUGCUGCUCGCUAACCACACCAACAUGCUGCUGAUAUACCAGGACGUGACUCUGAAGUGGGCGGCUCAGCUCUCCUUUGUGCCCGUGGCGGUUCGCGUCGCCAGCUUCCCCGAGCUGAAGGGAGUGGUGGUCAGUCUGGGCUCUGAUGGUCACCUCCUGUGUUCGUACAUGGGGACGGACCCCUCCUUCUUCUCCACACCCAAGGUUGAUGCCAGGGAGGCUGACUAUGAGCAGGUGGAGGCGGAGAUGAAGAAGCUGCAGAAGAUCAUCAGAGAGGCCACAAGGACUCAGGACAUCCUUCCUAAGACCGACGCAGAGGAAGACCUGGUUGUAACAGCAGUUGUGUGCUCCAGCAUGGACAGUCCAACGCAAGCUCUGACCCAAGAAGUGGACGGACUGCCCGUCCCGUCAGUGACCGUACGGGUGAAGGUCAAAGCCAACUGUGUGACGCGUUCCUCCAAGAUGAGCAUCAGCGUUCAGCCUCCUCUGGCCGUGACUCAGGACCAGUUUGUCUUGGAGCCCAUGGGCGUCGGAUCGUCCACCGUCGUGUCAUUUUCAGCUUUUCUCAACGGCCGCUAUCCUCCUGCUGAUCUGACCGGGGACGUCACCGUGUCCUACAACUCUCCCACAGAGCUGAAUCCCAAAGGAGUUCCCAGAGUUCUCCAGUCCAGGUUCAGUCUUCCUCUGGCGCUGGUGUGUGUUCCUUCCGCUUCAGCUAAAACCACCAAGUUUAAAAUCACCGUGGACACCAACCAGCCACCAGUCGACCUCAAGCACAUCUUCCCAGAGUUUUCAGCUACAUCUGAAGAUAAGGAUGGGAACAGUCUGGCUUUCCAGUUCCUGGCAGGAGCCAAGGUCACUGUGCAGGCCUCCAAGUCGUCCCAGCGCUACCGGGUUCAGAGUGACAGCUUUGAAGACAUGUGGCUGGUGGUGAAGGAGCUGGUUCAGAGGUUCAACCAGCAUUUCUCCAAAGCGGGAGUCAAAGACUUCAAGAAGAGCUUCAGCGGGCCACUCCCACUGCAGGACUACUUCCUGUCUGUGGACCAUCACUUCGAGCUGCGCGUCGGUGCUCAGCAGUACCAGGACCUGCUGUCGGAGCGGGCGGUCCAGUUCAGAGCCAUCCAGCGCCGCCUGCUGACCCGCUUCAAAGACAAAACCCCGGCGCCCCUGCAGAACCUGGACACCCUGCUCGACGCCACCUACAGCCAGGUCAUGACCCUGGCAGAGGCAGCGGAGGAGAACCGGCUGCAGCUGGAGGAGGCCUUCGUGCGGCUGCGGAGCGCGACCCACCUGCUGGUGCUGCUGCUGACGCUGUGGCAGGGCCUGACCCCCGACCAGAGCGCCAUCCUGGAGGCCACGCUGCUGCCGCUGCUGCAGGACACGCCACAGCUGGGCUGGGAGGAGAGCUGCGACGCCGCCGUGUCCCAUCUGCUGCGGACCUGUCUGUCGCGGAGCCCCAAGGACCAGGCCACCGCUCUGGCCCAGGGGGGCGCCGUGCUGGGCCUGCCCCCCGACACCGCGCGCCUCAAGAAGCACAUCGCUCUGCUGUGCGACCGCGUGGCCAAGGGAGGCCGCCUCAGCCUGGCCUCCGAGGCCCACGCGCUGGUUCCGGCCCAGCUCCAGAACCUGGCCGCCCCCGGAGGCGUUGAGCCCAUCGCUGAGGUGGCUGGAGUUGGGGAAGAUCUGGGCCUUCAGCACGAGGCGGCCAAGUUCCUCAAGAAGAAGCAGCCGUCCAGGAAGGUGAAGAAAGAUAAAGACUCCAAAGAGAAAAAAGACGUUUCCAAAGAACCAUCAGAGGCAGCGGUGAAAGAGGAGGCAGGAGGCGCAGAGCAGCCCAUCAAGGAGGCAAGAAAGGAGUCAUCCAGCAGGGAGAAGAAGGAGGCCAAGAAGGAGGCCAAGAAGGAGGCAUCGACCUCCAAGGACAGGAAGGACAGGGACAAAGACAAGGAAGGGAAGGAGGCCAGCAAGGACGCAGGAGACAGGAAGGUAUCCAGGAAGUCAUCACUAAAAGUGAAGGAGAAGAAGAAGGAGGCAGAGGCUGCAGACGGCUGACUGAUAGAAAGACACACGCACGCACGCACGCACGCACGCACGCACGCACGCACGCACGCACGCACGCACGCACGCACGCACACACACACACACACACACACGCACACUGUUGUGUUCACUGUACCCUUAGCGACCGGCGCCUCCUCCCCUCCUCCUCAGACAUUGUGCUGACUCCUUCCUCCUCGUCUUCUUUGUGGAGCCUGAGCAGUAGUUGAACCCACAACCCUGCCCCCCCUCCCCCUCCCUGCUCCCGCCCACGCACACUUGAGGAUGUGACGUGGCUCCGGACCUGCUCUUCUCAAGGACCAAGCGCGGUUGCUGAUGGACACAUAGUGGGCGUAAUUGAAGGAGUCAGAGUCAGAGUCAGAGUCAGAGUCAGAGUCAGAGUCAGACCUGGAGCCGUCGGCGAAGAGGAGGCUCAAUGUUUAAGCGGCUUUGUGUGAUUUGUGCCAGAAGAGCAGUCAAAAAAUAAAAAGCACAAAAAUGCAACAAUGCGUUUCAAGAUCGGCUCCCACCUGUGCGUCGCUUCCACGCGGGUCCGGGCCGUGCACGGAGUCUGGACCCAGAAGGAGCAGAGCACCAAUAAAGCACAAGCAGAAAUGACUUCAAGCUUCUGAACCUGUACUUAGAUCUUAGUUUCUGUGCAGAAUGUGAAUCCGUGUGUCUGAUGUUGCCCUUAGCUUUGACUGGAGCGCUGUCUCUGCCAUAGACCCUGUGCCAGUCGUUGUGUGAACCAGGUCCAGCACCGGUUCUGGAUCCUGGUUGACUGAGUCAGAAUGUACCGAUGCUUUCACAGCUUCACGUUGAGUCAUUUAGUAAUAAAAGUCUUUGACUGUG